AUGGCUCGGUCUAGGAGUCAUCGUCUAUUUAUCCACGCAGCAACCAACUACUUCUUCCAAGGGCUCAACAAAUAUCCAGGCCCCUUCUUGGCUUCCCUGACCAACUGGUGGCGCUUCUUCCUGGUCUCUGGCCAAAGAUGUGAAGCAACGCACAUCAAGCUUCAUAAUCAGCACGGCAACAUUGUUCGUCUUGGGCCAAACUGCCUCUCCUUUGCUGACCCGCAAGCGGCCAAGACGAUUUACAGCUUGAAGAACAAUCUCAACAAGAUCACAUUCUACCCCGUCCAAAUACAACUCCACCGCGGCCUUCCUCUCCCAUCCCUCUUCGGCACCUUGGACACCACUUACCACUCCACUUCGGCGGCUGGCCACACCAGCUUUUGCCAUGACAAAGCUGUACACCUGUCAGCCUGGGUCUACCGCGGAAAAACAUGCAACUUCGUCCGCUGGUUGCAGUUCUUUGCUUUCGACGUCAUCGCUGAAAUCACUUACUCCAAACGACUGGGAUUUAUUGACCGUGAAGAGGACGUGGACGGGAUCAUUGAAAGUUUGGACAAUGCGUUUGACUAUAGUGCUGUGGUGAGCCAGAUGCCGUGGCUGGACAGGUGGGUAGGGAAGCAGAAUCCUGUUAAGAGGAUGUUGAGUCGUUGGGGAUUCUGGCAGAGCAUGAGCGCUACGACGAGGUUUGCGAGGGAGAGGAUGGUUGAGAGGUUGGAGGAGGUUGAGAGGAAGCGGAGCAUGGGAGAGAAGACAAAGAACGAGGAUGUGAGUGGUAGAGAGGAAGGAGAUGACCCGGUGGGCAUGUUCCUCCAGGUUCAAAGGGAUAAUCAGCAGCAGGGCUCGGGGUUCAUGACGGAUCAUGUGGUACUCACCAUGGCGACGACGAUGGUGCUGGCGGGAAGCGAUACCACUGCUGCAUCGCUGGCUACGGUUUUUUACUACUUGUUGAGGAACAAGGAGUGUUAUCGGCGGUUGGUUGAGGAGAUUGAUGAUGCCGUGGGCAAGGGUGCUAUCUCUCUCAAAGGAAACGACGGGGUGGUUUCUUGGACGGACGCACAAAACCUACCGUACCUCGACGCUUGCAUCAAGGAGGCUUUCCGGUUACAUCCUGCCGUGGGAAUGCACCUCGAACGGGUGACACCACCUGGAGGGAUGGAGAUUUGUGGGGAGUUUGUACCGGGUGGGACGAUUGUCGGGUGCAAUUCGUGGGUAAUCCAUCGCUCAAGGGAAGUAUUCGGUGAAAAUGUGGAGGAGUAUCGACCGGAGAGAUGGUUCGUUGACGACAAUAUGGAUCAAGAGAAGGAAAAGCAGAGGGUGAGCGAGAUGAGCGCUACGUUGUUGCACUUUGGUGCUGGGACGAGGGCGUGUAUUGGGCGGAAUAUUGCCUUGUUGGAGAUGUACAAGUUCGUUCCGAGUUUUCUGAUGAGAUUUGAUAUCCAUCCGACGACUAAGAAGGAGUGGCCCUUGAAGAACAUGUGGUUCAUCAAGCCGGCCAAGUUUGAUGUCAAAAUCACGGCAAGAGGCACCCAGGGUAAUGAAGACAAGAGCCUUUGA